CCGCGCGCCGCCGCAACGCGUUGCUGGGCGGGCGCCCGUCGCUGAGCGGGGCUGUGCGCAAAGGUUGAAAAGAUGGGAAAUGCAGAAAGCAAUGCCUAUCGGAACCACCUUUCCAGGUUUCUUCCUGAGGAGCAGUCUGAUGUUGAUGGCGUAUUUGAUACCUUAGUGGGAUCAAGCAGCUCAGCAGCAGCCAAAAAUGGAAAAGCUAUGAAGAAAACUGUCACUCUGGAAGCACUGAAGGCAUAUAUGAGGGAACCACUGCCAGAGCAAAUGACUGUUAGGCUGUACAAUGGAAUGAGAAGUAUUGACCUGACUGGAAAAUCGUCUGCACCCAGUGACCACAUUGCUAAGGAGCAGUUUGUAAUUUUCAUGUCCAACCUCUUAAAAGGAAAUGCAGAUGAGAAGAUUACCAUAAUAAUGAAAAUGAUCUCCACCACGGAAGGACCUGUGAAGGGCAAGGAAAUCCAAGAGUUCACAGAGGAUCUGAUCAAGUCUGUAGUCCAUGUACUGAGCUACAGGAAGGAGCUGAAAGGUUGGAAUUUGGAGAAUACCAGGGAUUCUGCAGGUGGAAUAAAGGCUCUGUCUUCUCAGCUUCUAUCAGAAUUGAAACUUGCAGAUGGGACAAAAGCUGUGAGUCCUCAGCUGAUGGAGAUGAACUUUGACAGAAGUGUCAUUGAGGACUGGGUGUACCGAGUUCCACAAAUCUCAGCUUUCCUCAGCGUUGUUAUCAGGCAGGGCCUCCAUGUCCUGCAUUCUCUCCCAGACCAAACCAAAGACAUAGUCAACUUGGUUCCAGGCUGCAAAGGCAUCAAAGGAAGAAUUGUCAGCCUCUUUGACAUCCCAUCUGUCAUGUACAUCAACUCCCAUUUGCCUGCAGAGCUGCAGCAUAAGUGGAGGCUGUUAUUUUCUUCUAAACUGCAUGGAGAGAGCUUCUCCCAGCUGUGUGCACACAUAGUGAACAAAGGUCCCUGCAUUUUGAUCCUAAAGGAUGUAGAUGGCUUUAUCUUUGGUGGCUUUGCAUCUCACUCCUGGGAGGUGAAACCACAGUUUCAAGGUGACAAUAGAUGCUUUCUGUUUUCUGUUUUUCCCUCUCUUGCUGUGUAUACAUACACAGGAUACAAUGACCACUACAUGUAUUUGAACCACGGCCAACAGACAAUGCCAAAUGGACUCGGCAUGGGAGGGCAGCACGGUUACUUUGGACUCUGGGUGGACAGUGAUUAUGGGAAGGGACACAGUAAAGCAAAACCUCGAUGCACCACCUACAACAGUCCUCAGCUGUCAGCUAAAGAGGAUUUCACACUGGAUGCCUUGGAAGUCUGGGCAGUGGGAGACAUGCCUGAAAGUGCAGAGACUAAAGGUAAGAAGAGUAUCCUGGAUGUAGACCCUGAGGCUCAGGCCUUACUAGAAAUGACUGGGAAAAGUCGGCACAGCGAAGGUUUACGAGAACCCCUCGAAGAUGAAGAUGAUGAUAACUGAAAGGAUUUGCUCCUCCAUGUUAAUAUUCCUCUUUUUUUCCCCCUUAUACUUCCUUAAAUAUCUAGAGCUACCCUUAAGCCUCACACUUACACAUUUAGGGUUCAGUGCAAUAUUUCUGCCUGAAGGGUUUUACCUGAGGAGGACAAAAAAAUUAACUACAUACUUCAGAGAUACCUAUAAUUAAGUGCCAGCUGACUAUGAAGAGCAUUCCUAGUAGAUCUGAAUUUAAAAACAAAAGUUACUGACAGUACUGCUUACUGACUUGGGGAAGAACUGAUGUGUAGUUACAUGAAAAAGCGUAGACAAGACAUCGAUUAAGGCACUUAUACCUCAUCUACAUGUAUUUAUUUGUAUGCAAUCAAAUUAGUGCAAAUUUUAUUAUAGCUUAUGUUGGUAAGCACAGAAAAGUCUCAUGAUUCCAUAUGAAGAAUGUUAUUAAUUUGCUCCAGUUAAAUCAAGCGACUCUAGGGGCUGUUAGAGGGGCAGAACUCUUAAGAAUACAGAAUCCAGUUUGAUGGUAAUACUUGGAUGAAUUUCACUAAAUAGGAUUCUGCAGAAACCUGUUGUUUUUAAACAUAGUAAAAUGAAGCCAAUGAGUCAGUCAGUCAUAUUUAUCCUAAGAAUGAGCAAACCCUGGGCUCCUGGAACAAACAUACCUCAGCAGAAAUUCCCUAGGGAGGAAGGUGCCUUCUGCAGUGGCCUCAAGUGGUGUAAAAGAUGGAACUGUGAAAUGGAUUAAGCAAGAAACAUCCACAGGUAAUUGUGAAUAAUAGCUGCACAUAGCUGUAGAUAAAUAAAUGCAUGGAAGUCAGGCUUAUGCCUUUAACUCCUGUAAAGAAGACUGCCACACAUUUUAUUUCCACAUACGUAAUCAGCAUUUCUGUAUCACAAAACAGAUGACAAAAGCAUGAAACGUCACUUGCAGGUUGGGAUUCUGAUCGUGGGGCAUUCAUUCGUUCUCUUCUAUGUGGUCUCUUCCUCCUUCUGAUGCUUUUUAUAGAGAACCAGAUUUGAAAUUCAAGGUAAUCUGCAAUUGUGUCUUAAUGUAGAUCCCACUUCUUUUAAUUAAGGUAUAUAUGCAUUUGUCCUUGAGAGGACAGCACAAGAAAUCACUCCAGCCAUAUAUCCUGCAAUUCAGCUGUGCAUUCAGUGCCACUUUUAAGUGGUGCACAAUAGAAAAUGCUGUGCAGACAGCAGCUCAUUACACGAUGCUUUCUGUAAGCGUGGCAGUGCUGACUUCUGUUUUAUUGUCAAACUCCCACCAAACAGCUCAGAAGUAUUCUUUGCUCAGGCCCCAUCUGCACUUACUAAAUACUGCCGAAGCAGAGAGCAGGCAGACACAGCUGAAUUUCUGCAGUUACACAGUAAGUAAACACUCAACUUACCUUUCCCCCCCCAUAGUGAAGCAGAGACUUUUUCUUGAAGACAAAAACCACUUGUAAGGAUGUUUUUAAAACAGCAAGCAGGGAGGGUGAGUUGCACAAAGCUGUUCUUCACCAAAAAUUAUUACAAUUGCUGAGUUUUCUUCAAAUUAAACUGUGUCAGUGGAGCUGGUUCUUUCUAGGCUAUGAAUUGAAGGUGUAAUCCUGGUUAAGUAUCAGCUUGUGGAGAUUGGCAUAGCAUUUUGAGCUCCAAAAUUCUGUUUUAUGACAAGUUUAAGCCUGAGACUCUUAUGUUCACUUUAUAGUAUUAAGUGGAGAAGACUGAUACCACGACACUUGCAGCAGAUGUCAGUGAAACACUACUUACCCAACCCAAGCAGUUGGGAUUGUUCAAGAUGGGCAUGGAAUAAUCUCAACUUUCUUUUUUUGGAUUGAGCAAUCUGUGUUUAACACAUCAGUAAACAUCCAGAAAAUGUGCUUGUUCUCAGCAGCGGGUUUGAUCUAAACAUCUCUCACUUCCAUGCAGUUGUUGAUCCAACUUCAAAGCUCAACAUCCUGUGCUCUUGUGAGAAUAAGCCUCUUCCACACUGAACCCAUCCACCACUGCUCACCAGCUCAGCCAACCACUUUGCUCCUUCUAGUUACACAGGGACAAAAGAACCACUGCAGUGUUCAGCAGAGGCUGACAGGAGUGCUGCACUUUAACUUUCAACUCUCUGUUUGAAAACUCACCCCAGAUUCCUUUGGAGUCUUGUUGGAUCAAAGCUAGGGAUCACAGGAUCUGGAAACGCUAUGGAUUGGUGAUAGAAGUGCUCACAAAGGCAGUUCUUUUCAGCUAAUUUAAAAUAAAAGAUGGGUCUAAAUCAAGAAUCUUCUUCAGAUACUUCUGUGCAUCAUUUUGAAACAUAGAAUUUUAUUAAUAAAAAUCACUGUGAUUUAAAUAA